GCGCGGUCCUUCACUUCCUCUUUCGGCUCGCUCUCUUUCUCUCGUCUGUGAUCAUGGCUGCGCUCAAACAUUACCAGCCAUGUUUGCAAAUCUGAAACCCAAAGGUUAGCGAUUUACGCGUUUAUUAUUUACAUCGCGUACACCCUCUUCAUCCACAUCGGUCUUUUGCCGGGGGCCACACUCCCCGUCUCCUGUGCGAUCGGCAGGUAUCAAGAUGGAAGCAAAUAACCAUUUCAACUACGGGCCUCACUCUUCUGUGUCCGCUAACUCAGGACUGAAGCAUUCCUCAGGAGAUUCUCUCUUUACUAACGGGUCCUCCAUGAGCUUCCCCCAGCAAGGGAAAAAUCUGAAUGGCGAAAUGAAUGUGAACGGCAUCACUACUGCAGGUGGGAGCAGCCAGCCAGGUACCCACCCUCCCUCUUCCUCUUAUCCUCAUAUGAGCAGCCAUCUCCUCCCAGGCAGCAUGGGGUUUGACUAUCUGUGGGGCCAGUCUCAGUACAACCCAGCGAUGGGGCCCAUCCCGCCCCACGGGUUGCACCAGAAACCUGGCUCCCAGGGUGGGAUACAACCACAGCAGCCUCAGCUCCACUUCCAGGGCCAUGGACCGUACCAAGUCAACGGAAGUAUGGGACCGUCCCGGCAACCUCCGGGCGCUGGGCUGCAGUAUUGGGGAAGGGGAAAUCCUGGGCAGCCGCAGGGGGGAUCUUCGAUGCCCAUGGGAUAUAACUCUCACAGCAUGUAUGGGACAUUUCCCAGCCAGGGGAUCCCAGCGUCCCAGCAUCACCAGCAGCCUCCGGCCUUGCAGCACCAGUCUGCAACGACGCAUCAUCUCCAACACCAUUCACACCACCACCCGCCUCAACACCAGCAGCAACAGCAGCAGCAUUAUGGUGUGAUGCCUAAUGGAAUGCCGUAUUACCAGCAUCCAUCGCACCAGUCCCAACCGCAGGCCCCGACUCAGUCUCAAGCACAGACUCAGAUGAUACCACCUGCUGCACAGAGCUUUACGCCUCCACGAGGAAGCCCUCAGCACCAUCACAUGGCCAGUGGAGGAGGCAGAAGUAGUCCCCAUCACGUGCCGGUCCCAAUGAGGUCCCCUUCUGCUGUGCCUGAUAGCGGUUCGCCUAAGAGCAGAGAGAUGCAAGUUCCUAUGAAUGAGUCCUUCAAAGAAACGGAUAAAGGCUUCAAUGGAGUGGAGAGAAGCUCUGUACCCCAACGUUUGCCCAAAACUGAGAGUUUUCCUGUAAAGCCCGCUGGCCCCGUUUCCUCUACCGACUAUAACCAGGAUGCGCAGCAUCCAAUCGUGGACCUGGAGAAACCAGUAAAACAACGUCAGGAGAUGGGAGCUGCUGCAAAAGAGCUUAGUUCUUCCCCCGUCUCUGGACCUCCUCCACCACUAGCUAGUCCGCCUCGGAAAACGGUCUCUGGGCUGGAUUCACAUUCUCCUUCAUCUUCAGGGUUUGCUUUAUCUACAGCUUCGGGUGUCGGCGCAAAUGUGUCCAUGUCUCCACCAUCUCCGCUUCAGACAGUCCAAGGCCAAAGACCUGGAUUCUCUGGACCUUCAUCAGCUGAAGCAACACCUGCAGGACUUACUACACCUCCUUCAAUGUCUUCUCCUAAGAGCUCCAGAGCUCCACCUGUUGUUUCCCACAACCAGCCUGUGGUGUUUUCUUCAAAGACCUUGAUGCAUCCUCCAACGGUGCCUGCUGCGCAGCGUCUGGCGGAGGCCCAGGGGUCAAAAAGUCCACAGGUCUCUCCAACACCUCUAUCUUUAGCUGCAUCUCCAUCUGUUGUCUCCGCUCCUCCUGCGUUGGCACCGCUUAAAGGACCCCAAGCGGCAUCACCUCUAACAGGCCAGAGUCCUAAACAUCCUGCUGCUUCCUCAACUCCAACAUCUGUUGCCGAUAACGUCUCUCUCCCGACAGUUUCUGCACUUCCGUCUGUGGUCGCUGGUUCUCCUCAAGUUGCCGCUUUGGCUUCAUCUGCACCACCUCCUGUUGUUAGCUAUUCUUCUCAGGCAUCUUCAGCAAGUCUCAAUGUUUCUGCUGCUCCAAAUGUAUCUCGUUCCCUCAUUGGUUCUGCAGCUCAACAUUCAGAUAUGAUGGCAAAUGUAGAUGUUUCUUCUCACAGUCCAGGGCAGAUGAGUUCUCAUGGUGUAUUACGGCACAACUUUGGGGAAUCACACUCUAGUCUGAGUCAUGGUAAACAUGAGGCCUGUGGUUCCCAGAUUAAAGUUGGAGUCAUAAUGGGCACAUCCAACAAUGAGACUCAAGCUGAGAUGCAUAAGGUGCAAAUUCAUGGUCGAAACCUUGAACCAGCUUUCAUUGUUUCAAAGGAGCCUGAAAGAGACACUACGGCCAUUGGCAGAAAGGACUCUAAUGGUAUCAGAGAUCAGGCUGCCCUGAGGAAAGGAGAAAGUGAGACUUUAAAUGAUUCUUUUAGCACUGACACGUCACUGGACUAUCCGUCCUUGGCCGAGUCAACCUACCUUGAAAGCUCAAGAGCUGAGGAUGGGAGUUCAAUGAUGGACACUUUUGAUAAUUCUUAUAGUCUUUCCCAGACUGGAGACCAAUCAAAGUUUACAGAAGGAUCCAUGAUUGAUGUCUCCAGGGACUUGCAGGACACUUCUUGUGAAGAAGAAAACUUGAACAGCUCCAUGACCUCUACCAGUUCCACCGAGAAGGCGUCCCUCAAAGAUACCACGUCUCUACUGGAUGACUCUUUAAACGGCACGUCACAAAACUGCUCCUCCCUGCUUUCUGCAUCGAUUAAUGCCUCUACACACUCUAUCAAAGGUGAUCAUAUUCUUGGCAAAGAGAAUGGAGCUGAUACUUCAGGAGGUGACAAAUCUGCGCUCUCUGUAAUGACGGUUAAAGCGCUGCAAGUGGUCGUAAGCGGUUCUGUUGAAGGGACGACCACACAUAUGUCUGAAGCCCUUAUUGCCAUGCCAACAAAAAAGCCACGGAAGCCUAGAACCCCAAAGACGACAGUUGCUACCGCUGAAAUUGGCUCUCCUGAUUCCAAGAUCAAGAAACGAAAGAUAACACCUGACGGCCCAAAACAAGAAAAGGUUAGGAGGAGAAAGAAAACAGACGAUAAUUCAACGACUGCAGUGAAGAAGAGGAAACUCUCUAAAGAGGCAAAAGAACAGGACGGCGUCCCAACUGAUACCUCAGCUCCUUCAAAUGCUCAGCCUCACCUUUUAAUUGAUCCAAUGACCUUCGUCCAUGACUUAAGCCUGACCAAUAGCGAGAGCCCCAUAGUCCGGCACAAGAAGAUCUGGAAGCGCAAGAUGAAAGAAGGCGUGAACGAGGAAAAGCCUCCCAAACCAGCCAAAGAGUUCUCCGAAGGAAAAACUGAAGAAGAUGACGAUGAUAACGGCUCCGCAGCAGGUGAUACCCCAAGGCGUCGGAUUGCAACUGAAGAGCAAGUCCAAUUUCCUUUGCAGCAUGGCUGGAGGCGAGAGAUUCGAGUCCGGAGGCUCGAGGACCGCCUGAAAGGAGAGACGUGGUACUAUAGCCCCUGUGGCCGGAGGAUGAAGCAGUUCCCCGAGGUCAUCAAGUUUCUGAAGAGGCAUCAGGAUGCUCUCCAGGGCGUUUCGAGAGAGCACUUCAGCUUCAGUCCACGCAUGCCAGUGGGUGAUUUCUAUGAGGAGCGGGAAACCCCUGAGGGUAUGAAAUGGUUCCUCCUCGCCAAUGAGGAAGUGCCCUCCAUGAUCAUGGCUAUAACAGGCAGACGUGGUCGUCCACCAAAUCCAGACAAAGAGCCUCGUUCCCGUGGCCGCCGAGCCAGAGGAGCCCCAGGUAGACGGCCAGGCCGACCUCCCAAGCCCAAGAUGGAGGAUCUGCUCAGCAAAGUGGACGCUAGGCUGCUGAAGAGACUGGAGGCAAAGGAGGAUCUCACAGAGGAAGAAAAAGAAAAACUGGUUAAGAUCAAGAAGAAAAUGAAAAGAAAGGCAAGAAUGAAAAGAAAGGAGGAUGCAAAGAAUAAAAAGAUCCGGCAGGAGAAACGGAAAGCCAAACUGGAGAAAGCCCAAGAGCAGGAACAGGAUGAUGAAGACCAGUCUCAGGCUCAGAGCCAGGCAUCUGAAAGCCCUCUCUCAGCCGCAGAGGGACCCAAGAAGCCCGGCCGCAGGAAGAAGGUCGCAGCACCACCUGCAGCAGAGGCGUUGGACCUGGAGAAGGCCAGUCCCAUCAAGAAAGUGGCCCGGGCCCGCAGCAAAGCCAAGGCUCUGGCCAAAGCCCAGGCUCAAGCAGAGGCCGAAGCGCAGGCUGCGCUAGCAGCAAAGAGGCAGGCGGAGCGGAGGGCGCAGGCUCAGAGACGAAUGGAGGAGAGGAAGAGACAGCAGAUGAUCUUAGAGGAGAUGAAGAAGCCUGCAGAGGACAUGUGUCUCCCCGACCACGCGCCCCUCCCACAAUUGACACGGAUACCAGGACUGAUGCUUUCGGGUUUGGCCUUCUCCAAUUGUUUAAGGGUGGUUGAGUUCCUGCAUGGUUACGGAAAGAUUCUGGGGCUCCAAGUGCCCAAGGAUAUUCCCAGCUUGAGCACCCUGCAGGAAGGGCUCCUCGGCAUGGAGAAGAGCCAAGGCGAGCUCCUGGAUCUGCUCAUUAAACUGGUGGAGGCCGCUCUGCACGAUCCUGGACUGCCCUCAUAUUACCAGUCUGUGAAGAUCCUGGGGGAGAAGCUGGUGGAUCUGGAGCUGAGCCACAGCACUGUGUCCGAGGUGCUGCGGAUCUUUCUGGAAGCCCAUGGCUUUGAGUUGGAGGUGUGUAACAGUCUGCGUACAAAGAGCUUCCAGACCCUCAAACCUGACGUCAAAGCCUCCAUACUGGCCUUCCUGGUGGAGGAACUCAAUGCCAGCAACAUAAUCACCAGGGAGAUUGAUAACACGCUAGAGAAUAUGACAACCUACAGGAAAAACAAGUGGAUUAUAGAAGGCAAGCUACGCAAACUGAAGGCUGCGCUGAUGCGUAAGACGGGCCGUCCGGAGGAGGAGCUGUGCUUCGAGGAGCGCCGGCGCAGUGCUCGUGUGGGAGUGACCGAGGAGGAGAGCAUCGAGGAGAGCUGCGUGCUGGAGAGAGGCAGCCGCCGCAAAGCCAAAGAGGAACCCAAACACACGGAGAUUGAGAGUCCCAAUACCUGCAGUGUUGCUGAGCUGGAGCGUCAGAUUGAUAAACUGACCAAGCGGCAAGUGUUUUUCCGCAAGAAGCUGCAGCAGUCAUCUCAUUCUAUGCGGGCGGUGUCUCUGGGGCAGGAUCGGUACCGCCGCAGGUACUUGCUGCUGCCUUAUAUGGGAUGUGUCCUCGUGGAGGGAGCAGAGGAUAUCCUGACCUCAGAUGAAGUGACCGUCAGCGAUGAACCUGUGACUUAUGUGAAGGUCAUAACUCCAGUGAAGACCGAGGUUAAAGCUGAGCCUCCCCUCUCUCCGGCUUUCGCCACAUCUCUCCCCUCUUCUCCUCGAGCGUCCCAGCUUUCCCCCACAGAGGUGGAUUCUCUACCCGGCGAGGCCUCUCUGAUGAGCAGCACUCGAGGGCGUGGACGCCCGCGCAAGAUCAAACCCGAAGUGGAGCUCCACCUGCGAACCGCCAAGAACCGGCGGCGCCACCGUAGCAGCAGAUCAACAGCUGAGGAUUCGACUCUCAGCUCUCCUGUGCAGGAUCCCGCUCAGCCCGCUUUCCAGACGCCUCUCGAGCAGCCGCAGGACACAGAGGCCGACAGCAGCGCGCCGAUGGCAGCAUCUGGAGCCGGUCAGGGCGAGGAUAACAGCCAGCCGGAGGACAGCAUGAGGGAGCAGGCAGAGAAAAGAGGCCAGUGGUUCAAUCUGCUGCCCAAGGAGCCGUGCGACGAGACGUCGAUCUCCCAGCUGUGCGAGAACACACCUGCGCCUGCUUCAUCCCCCACUGAAGACACUCCAGCACCCCUCGAUAGUGACCCGCUCGCUCCUCCUCCACCACAGCCUCCGACAGCACAGAUGCAGACGGAAGCGGCUCCUCUUCCUCUUCCUCUUCCUAAGGUGUGCUCCACUCUGGCUCCCAGGGCCGGUAGGAGGCGCAGGAGAAGCAGCGGGCCGUCCCGAGCUCAUGCUCGCGCCAGUGCGGCGAAGAGGCGUGGCAGACCUCCCUCCAAUCUCUUCCAAGAGGUUGAACUGAAGUACUUCACUCAGCUGGUGGUGAAGCCUAUUCCGUUAGAAAUGGUGAAGGGCUGGUGGUGGAUCAAAGAACCGGAGGAGCUGACAGCCAUUCUGAGCGCCCUCCACCCUCGAGGCAUUCGUGAGAAAGUGCUCCACAAGCACCUCGCCAAACACAUGGAGUAUAUGUCUGAGGUCUGCACACGGCCCGUCAGCGAUCCCAUCUUCCAGAUGACUGUGGAGGACGGCCAUGCCCUGCUGCAGGCGUCUAAACAGGCGUGGAGUGAGCAGGAGAGAGUCCUGCAGUUAGACAUCAAUGUGCUCCAGUGCGUGGAAGAUCUGGAGCAGAGGGUGGUCGGUGCAGACCUUCAGCUCAAGGUGGCCUUUCCCAAUGCGGAGAGUGAAAGUGAGGCUAGUCAGGAAUCAUCAAGCUCUCAAUUUCAGAUGUAUACCCCUCCCGAGGCGGACUCCACGCGGGAUGACCUGCAGUAUUACGAGCACGAGGUUGACCCCAAGGACGACUGGAUAGUCAAGACCAAGAAGGAAUGGUCCGACCUCCUGCGAGCUCCCAGCAACCCCCUGGACCUGGCCGUCCUCCGCUUGACUAAUCUGGAGCGCAACAUCGAGCGCCGUUAUCUGAAGGAGCCACUGUGGACUCUGUCCGAGGUGGUGCGCUUGGCGCCUCUCACCCCUCCGCCCGGCGGGGAGGAGGUCCCACUAGAUGCUGUGAGCUUGGAAAGUGAGAUCACACCCAGGUUGAGGACGUGGCGGCAGGCCCUGGACCGCUGCCGCAGUGCGUCUCAACUCUCUCUCUGUCUGCUGCAGCUGGAGAAAGCCAUCGCCUGGGAAAGAUCCGUCAUCAAAGUGACGUGUCAGGUGUGCCGUAAGGGUGAUGAUGAUGAGUACCUGCUCUUGUGUGACGGCUGUGAUCGUGGCUGUCACAUGUUCUGCCUGAGGCCAAAGGUCAUGCAGGUGCCAGAAGGUGACUGGUUCUGUCCCACCUGCGUUGCCAAGGAAAGCGGUGAAUCUCCGAGAUCGCAGCGCUCAUCUCGGAAAAGAUCAAAAGUGCAGAAAAGGCGUCUUGCAGAGGAUAGUUCAGACGAGGAUGAUGGGUACAGACGAGGCAUGACCACACGACAAAAAGACGCUGCAACUUCCUCGAGUGGGACGAGCAUCUCGCCCUCCAAACGCAGACGGAUGGCCACACGAAACCAGCCUGACCUCACCUACUGCGAGAUCAUUCUGAUGGAAAUGGAGGCUCACUCAGAUGCCUGGCCUUUCCUGGAGCCGGUCAAUCCCCGCCUGGUGCCUGGCUACCGACGCAUCAUCAAAACCCCCAUGGACUUCCUCACUAUGAGGGAAAGACUUCUGCAGGGAGGGUACUGCAGCUGUGAGGAGUUUGCUGCCGACGCUCAGCUGAUCUUCAACAACUGCGAGCUCUUCAACGAGGACACGUCGGAGGUGGGCAAGGCCGGACACUCCAUGCGGUGCUUCUUCGAGAGCCGCUGGGCGGAGUUUUACGACAACAAGGACAAAUAGAGACGCUGCCCUCUGCUGCAUGGGAGGAAGCACUCGAACGCCAUGCCCCUUUGAUGCUCAUUACUACUAAAAACUCUGUCUGGAGAGCCAGCCCUCUGUAUGCAUACACGUGUAGAUAUAUGUAUAGAUUUGUUCUGUUAGUUUUACAAGUAUCUGUUUGUCCCCCUCACCCGCCUUGAUAAGCUUAAAGCAUUUCUUCAUCACCUGGUAUUACGGCGUAUAAACGUCUCCUCUUUAUUCAGCUUCGUCCGUCGCUCCUUCGGAGUAGAAGUACUUCUUCAGGACUUGAUCGGGUCACACUAGAUGUCACGUGUCGCAGACACACCUCUAUCAGGAUGUUCUCACUUUUUCGACCAUUUUACUCGAAGCCUUCUGCUCCAUAAUGUAUAGGUCGUGGACCACCCGUGUCCCCUUGACUGAAAAUGUAACGUGCUUUCGAGACUAGAAGCAAUUUCCUCAGUAUAUUUUUAUUAUAUGCUAUAUAUACACUUAAAGACAUAAAAAAAAUAGUUGGGAUUAUUUAAUAGCAAUAGACUGUAGUAAACCUGUGCAGACCACGUCGUAGAGAGAUGUAUAGGUGACUCAUGAAAUGGCCAGUAAACAUACUAUAUCACGUGUAACUCGCUUCUUUUGCUUGUAGAGUAUUGGUCUUAUAAACUGGAGGAUUGACAUCUUUUACUAGUAUUUAGGUAUUUUUUCUGUCACGCCCCCCAAACCCAGAAAGAAAUCAGUGUUUGUUCAUAUGGAAAUCUGACGUAAAGCCAACAGCAGAACUGAUGCAACGAAAGGCCGGUUUUAACUUUCUUGUUUUUAAGCUCUGCUAGCUAGAUAGCCGUUUUCAAAGCUUUUGCUUGGUGUAUGACUAUUGUCUGUGGGGAAAAAAAAACUUUAGACUGUAUUGAUAUUGGUUUAUAUGGAAAGGAUAUGUACGUACUUACGGCAGUAUAGUUUUGUUUAGCGACACUUAUUUUUCAUCGGAACAAUAUCUUCGCUGUCUCUUCAGUAUGAUUGAUCUGGUUUGAUCUUGGUUUUCAUGAACAUGGCAGUUUGUUGGGUUUCUGAAACUGCCACAUCCUCAGAUGUUUAGACUGUUUUAUGUGUUUUAAUGAUGUGUGUGUGUUUGAACCUGGACCAACUCCCUUAAAAAGGCCUUUUUUUUUUAUUUUUUUUUUUACACACUAAUCUUUUGACUAACCAUGCUUUCUCAAAUGAAAAUGCCUUGCAUCAUUACUGGUGUAACUGACGCAUAAAAAUUCCCUUAGUUCUUAAUUUUUCUUAGUGCACUGAGUAGAGGAGCGCAGUAGAGCACACUAUUCAUGUUCAUUUGCCAUGUUUUCAUACACUGAACUCGAUCCGCGCAGUAGGCAGUGCGUCAUUCACUCGGUGUUCCUCAUCAUACAAAAGGGACAUAUUUGCUUCGCUUUUUUUUACAGACGGUAAAACCUGAAGACAGUACAAGAAAACUCAACCAAAUGUGGUGUCUAGUGAAUUUUUAAUAAUGUACAGUUUUUGUGACUUUAAAUUUGUUCCUUUCUAUAUUUUUAGGACCAAUAUAUAGUUUUUAAGAGGCGACAUUAAAUGACCAUGUUGUUUCAAGGUAAUGUAACACGCGUGCAUCUGUAGAAUGUACUGUAAGCGGAAAUAAAACCACAUCUAGUAGAUGAAAA